GCCGGGCCAGGGGGCGCCUAGCUCGGCAGCGGCUAGCGAGUGAGAUGCAGUGAGGUCGGACGGGCGGGCGCGCUGGGCUGGGGACACGGCUGCGCUGCAGAGAUGUGACUCGGACCGAGGGCCAGCAGGAGCAUCGGCGCUGCGGGGCCGCGGGGGUCGAGAGAAAGAUGAGAACCCACCAGGUGCUUGCUUUCCUCCUGCUCUUCGUGAUUGCCUCCGGGGCCUCCGAGAACACCAGCACGUCCCGGGGCUGCGGGCUGGACCUCCUUCCUCAGUACGUGUCCCUGUGCGACCUGGACACCAUCUGGGGCAUCGUGGUGGAGGCCGUGGCGGGGGCGGGCGCCCUGAUCACACUGCUUCUCAUUCUCAUCCUCCUGGUGCGCCUGCCGUUCAUCAAGGACAAGGAGAAGAAGGACCCCGUGGGCCUCCACUUCCUCUUCCUCCUGGGGACCCUGGGCCUCUUCGGCCUGACGUUCGCCUUCAUCAUCCGGGAGGAUGAGACCAUCUGCGCCGUCCGCCGGUUCCUCUGGGGCGUCCUCUUCGCGCUCUGCUUCUCCUGCCUGCUGAGCCAGGCGUGGCGCGUGCGGAGGCUGGUGCGCCGUGGCAAGAGCCCGUCGGGCUGGCAGCUGGUGGGCGUGGCCCUGUGCCUGAUGCUCGUGCAGGUCAUCAUCGCCAUCGAGUGGCUCGUGCUGACGGUGCUGCGCGACGAGAAGCCGGCCUGCGCCUACGAGCCGAUGGACUUCGCCAUGGCCCUCAUCUACGACAUGGUGCUGCUCGUGGCCACCCUGGGGCUGGCCCUCUUCACGCUGUGCGGCAAGUUCAAGAAGUGGAAGCAGAACGGGGUCUGCAUCCUGGUCACGGCCUUCCUCUCCGUGCUUGUCUGGGUGGCCUGGAUGACGAUGUACCUCUUCGGCAACGCGGAGCUGCGGCAGGGAGACGCCUGGGGAGACCCCACCUUGGCCAUCACGCUGGUGGCCAGUGGCUGGGUCUUCGUCAUCUUCCACGCCAUCCCAGAGGUCCACUGCACCAUCCUGCCCUCCCCGCAGGAGAACGCACCCAACUACUUCGACACGUCGCAGCCGAGGAUGCGGGAGACGGCGUUUGAGGAGGACGUGCCGCUGCCGCGGACCUACAUGGAGAACAAGGCCUUCUCGAUGGAUGAACACAGCGCAGCUCUCCGAACAGGAUUUCGCAAUGGCAGCUUGGGAAACAGACCCAGCGCUCCAUUCAGAAGUAACGUGUAUCAGCCAACUGAGAUGGCCGUUGUGCUCAACGGGGGGACUAUCCCAACUGCUCCGCCAAGUUACGCUGGAAGACACCUCUGGUGAAAGACUUUUAAGUUCCAGAGAAUAAGAAUCUCUCUUACCGAUUUUAUUCCCUGGCUGUGUCUUUCUUGAGGGAGAAAUCAGUAACAGUAGCUGAACAAGGCCGCCUCGCAGCCAGGAGAUUUGGAAAUCCUAGACAAGGGGAUUUUGUGUAAAUGUGAACACUGCUGAACUGAAAAGCUAACACCGACUGCCCUCCCCUCCCCUGACACACACACACACACACACACACACAC